GUGCGCGUGCGUCCGGGCUUGUCCCUUGCCGGCUCCGCUCCUCCUCAAAUAUUCUCGCCCGCCUCCUCAUUCCUCCCCAACCAUCUCAUUCCUUCCUUCCUUCCCCCACCUUCUUCCUAGCUCCUUGCUCCGCCCGCGCGCCGCUUGCGCCUUGCAAGGAACACCCAGCGCCCAGCUCUGGGCUUUGUUUGGCUGCGUGCCGCCAGAGGGAGACCCGGCGGUUGCUUACUAACUGAAGUGGCUAGCUAGCGACGCGCUCUAGCUUCUGGCCCUGCCUGCGGCGUGCACGCCAUGGCUCAGGAGGACGUCCACCUGGACGACGCCGGGCUGGCGCUGGGCCUGUCCCUCGGCGGCGGCGGAGCCUCUGAUGCGGCGCGGCGGCAGGGCACCGGCAGCCGGUUGGGCAGGGAGGCGGCGCGGCUCCCGCCGUCGCCGCGCGCGCUGGAGCCGUCGCUGACGCUGAGCAUGCCGGACGAGGCGACCGCGACGGGGUCCGGCGGCGGGGGCGGCGCGGCCGCGCACAGCGUGUCGUCCCUGUCGGUGGCGGGCGUGAAGAGGGAGCGCGUGGAGGAGGCCGACGGCGAGCGCGCGUCGUCGACGGCGCGGGGCGAGGACGACGACGACGGGAGCACGCGCAAGAAGCUGAGGCUGACCAAGGAGCAGUCCGCGCUCCUGGAGGACCGCUUCAAGGAGCACAGCACCCUCAACCCGAAGCAGAAAGUCGCGCUGGCGAAGCAACUGAACCUGAGGCCACGGCAGGUCGAGGUGUGGUUCCAGAACAGGCGAGCAAGUCGCGCGCGCAGGACGAAGCUGAAGCAGACGGAGGUGGACUGCGAGUUCCUCAAGCGCUGCUGCGAGUCGCUCACCGAGGAGAACCGCCGCCUGCAGCGGGAGCUGCAGGAGCUCCGCGCGCUCAAGUUCGCCGCCCCGCCGGGAGCGCCGCCGCCGCCCGCCGCCACCGCGCCGGCGCCGGCGCCGUUCUACAUGCAGCUGCCGGCCGCCACGCUGACGCUCUGCCCGUCCUGCGAGCGCCUGAGCGGGCCCGCCGCCGCGGCCAAGGCCGACCCCGACCGGCCCAAGGCGGCCCCGGCGCACCACUUCUUCAACCCCUUCACCCACUCCGCCGCCUGCUGAUCAUCUGCACGCGCGCGCAUGCAUGGUGACCACCAGUAGCAGCAGCACAGAGCACCCCACCGGCCGCCACUGCAGCUACUAGCUAAUACCACCACGUCCACGCCAUCAUCCACCUCACGUACGCCACAAGUAACAUGAUGAUCGAUCGAUCGGUCCUCCCCUCUAGCUAUUUUCUUGAUCCGGGGGGGAUUAAGCUAGUUGUUCCCAUCAGCUAAUCCAACCAAUCAUAGAUAGGCUUUGAUAUAUAGGGGUAGUCAAAAUAGCCGUAGCUUCCUAGCAUCCCUUGAUCCAUCCGUCCAUGUAUAUUUUUGUGCAUGCAUGCUGUAAUUCCGCCCCUCUCGGUCUGCCUGCUCCCUUUUCCACAGGAGCACGCAGCAUCUUCUUGGGUUUUUCUUUCAUUCACAGGUUGUACGUGUUGAUCUGUCAUCGAUCAGAGGGCGAGUACGUAAUUGAGUCGCAGUACUAGUACUGUUGUUAUUACUGUAGAAAUCGGCCAUUACAUUGAGAUGCUUCUAGUCGAUCUCCUA